AUGCUCCUACGUUAUCUUAUUCCUUGUGAUGCCCGAUUUUAUAGUCAAUACGCUGUUCCUUUAAUAGAAACAUGCCCUGAACAUUUUGACCUCGAUGGCUUCCGUGCUUGUCUUGCAAACGAUGCUUCAACAACAACCGACACCGACUUGCAACCCACUUUCCACGAUUUCGAAACAGCAUUCCACGAUUUCGAGAAUGACAGCAAUGCACAGUAUGAAAUGCACCCAAAGUUUGGUCGCUAUGUGUGGGAUCUUGCAGACCAAUGGUAUCAAAAGUGGAAUGUGAUCUUCUCCUUGGAUCAUAUGUGGAAUUGGAUACCAAAGAAAGAUGGUUCGACUACGGAAGACGACAUGAUGCAAGUGGAUGAUGCAUUGAUGAUGGAUAACGAUACAACAACAAAGCGACCAUUCCAAUCCACCACCCUUCAACCAUGGCUUGAUCAUAUUACGCAACGACAUCAUAUUCAUCCCGAUCACAGGCUAUUGUUGGAACGUAUCUAUCAUCAAUUGUUACGACUGAAUCAGACCAAUCGCCCUCUUGCUUUGGUGGGUGCAGGCAACAUCAAUACAUUGCCAUUUUUCCCACCAACAUGGUUUGUUGACAAACAGCCGCAACGACCCAGCACUGAAGGAAUGGCAUCGUCUUUUGUUGCUCGUUUCGUACCACCCUAUCGGUUGACUCAUGUGCCAGAACGUUGGGAUCUUGUAUUUCUUAAGGGAUUGACAGUGAUGGAUAUUGCUAAUCAGCCCAGUCUGGACCCUAUCAUGUUAACAGCCGUGAUACCCGCCUAUGGAUUGACAGUGGUGAAGGAUGAAAGAACAGGUUAUAGUCAACUAGCCAUGGUGAUGAAAAAGGCAACCUAUGGUAACUUGGAGGAUAGUUUGGAACGCGAGAUCCCUACGACCUACGACAAACCUCGUGCAUUGGCGCUCAGCGUGACCAAAAAGAUUAAGGACAUACAUUGGGAAUAUGUGCACGGCAAUGUUCAUCCGCGGAACAUUUUACUCAACUUUGCAGACUAUGUCGGUGAUUUGGCGGAUAUUACCUUUAUGCAACGUGCCAAUGAAUCCCAUCGACAACAACAAAAACGACGAUGGAGCGAAGGAAUGCAUAGCAACAACAACAGUGGUAGCCAUGGUGAACAGGAGACCAAGGAGGAUGAUAGUGGACGAGGAUAUGGUAGAUGGCCUUAUUUGGCACCUGAAUGCAAGGACAUGGUGAUGAAUGGAAGCCGUUACCAGGUCACGACAGCAGCUGACAUCUAUGCACUCGGCAUCAUCCUGUGGCAGUUGGUGUCUCGAGUCACUUUUCCCGAUAACGCAUUGGUCGACCCUUUCAUAUACCGGAUCGAACCUAUCCCAGGUGUGCUCAAAGAAUGGGAAGACCUAUAUACAGAUUGCUUGCAAAAGGAUCCUAGCAAACGCCCCAACGCUUACACUGUAUAUCGUCGUUUGGAGAAGAUUCCUGAACAUGUCCCAGUCGAUCCAUCCACAACAGAGUACAUCCAUAGGCGGCGAGCUGACAUUGCCAAUUUCCUCAGGGAUCAUCGUCUGCAAGGGGAUGAAGCUUCUUUUGCCAGUGUCGGUGAUGAGGUCUGGACCGCAUCUGUCACACGUCUCGUCAACCAAGGGCUUGAGCGAUAUCCAAGUAUCAUUCGUUUUCCUUAA